GGCGUCCUAAUUUUAUAUUCGACUAAAAAGGUCAUGAGCGAAGCUAUUUGUAAAACCAGAACGUGUUUGGAAAAGAUAUGGCACAAGAGGUCAUGGAUGAUUGUUUGCAAUUAGUAAUGACGAUUUUAUAGGUACCCCUCCCUGGUAUCAUUCAGGAUGUAACCUUGGACCGCAUGAGGUCGCUCUCAAAAUCACAAUGCGUCUGUUUUCAAAAUAAUAGUAAAGCGGAAGAGCUGAACACUCUUGCAUAUCGCAAAUCUAAUGCAAUACGCAUGCGCAGAGGUGCUUCAACAAAAACCUCUAAUAUUCAUUGAAGAAAGAAAAAAAAUCAAUUUCUGCGAUCUGCUGCUAUAAAUGGCAAAUGAAUCGACGACAUUGCUUCAUUAGUUUGAGCAUCAGUACCUGGUUUUGAGUCGUUAUAGGCCGGGUGGAAUUGUUCUGGAAACACCUUAACCGAACCAGUUUAAUUAAGACUUCUUGUCGCUUUAAAAAUAAGAGUUAAGGCCUAUUUUUUUCAAGUAAUCGAGCGAAUCACAACUUGUGAGAACUUGCUAAGAAAUCGUUUUAUUGACUCUAAAAAUCCAAACGUUGGACUUCAAAAAAGACGUAUGGAAAAUCCUAUCUGCGGUUCCAUGGAAGGGAAAUCCGACCAGUGUUGUUCUUCCCGAUCAUCAGCAUCGACUACCGUCGUCUGUGAGAAAGAUCAAGUCCAUUUCGACUACGGUCACUUCGAUAGUCAUCUCAACGACAAACUCAUUCGAAACAACAUGAUGAACAAACACAGGUGGCUAUUACCAUACUGUACAAUAGCAGCUGUCUUUAUUUCACUGGGAGCAUUACUCGGAAUGAUUGCUGUUUACGUGGAGCUAUGUCGGGCAAACUCUAUCUUAAUGACAAACAGGGAACUCAUCCACGCUCAAGAAAUGCAGGUGUUAAACCACACACAUGCAAUGGACCAGCUCAGAAACACAAUGGAGAGUCCCGGUAGCAGAUCUGAAGGGGCGCCAAGGACCGCUGCUGUUGUCGCCGAGGAUGCUUCCGCUAAGCUGGCGACAGGAACUGUUUACCAUCACUGGGGUAAGGCGAGUUGCCCUGCUACGUCCAGCCUUAUUUAUUCUGGUUUUGCAGCAUCGGGCAGCAGCUUGUCAGUGAAUAAAGGAAGUGGUAGCAACAUCUUGUGCAUGGUGAGCGAUCCGGAGUACGGUACGAGUGUACCUGAUCAACAGGAUGCUAGGGGAAAGAUCUACAGUAUCGAGUACAGAAACGCUAAUAACUUUGGCUCUCAAUCUGAUCUUCAUGGCCAUGAUGUACCCUGUGCAGCUUGUAUGACUGGAGGAGGUCGUCAAGCAGUUCUUAUGCUUCCUGGUAGGAUCACAUGCCCUGAAAACUGGACCAGAGAAUACAGAGGAAUCCUAAUGUCAAGCAGAAACAACAAUGUGCGAACCUCUUACACCUGUGUGGACUUGGCAGCGGAGUCCCGGCCAGGCACCAUGAACGAAGAUGGCAAUAGCUCACUGUUAUAUCCAGUUGAAGGAGUGUGUGGAACAGGAGGGGGUAUACCUUGUGGUCCCUACAUUGAUGGCCAUGAACUGCAGUGUGCCGUGUGCUCAAAGUAAUUCAAAGAGACUUCAAAGUAACCCUGCAGUCAAAGCUAAUUCAGCAACUGUAUGAAAACCACCUGCUAAUAGUGAUCACCAAGGCUGCAGUCUGACCAGUUUAUAACUACCAACUACUGAGGAUACCAAAGGGUAAUAACAAACUUAUGCUGCACACAGGUGGCAUUUGGAGUUCUACAUCAAGCACUUUGUUGGUGAGGGAUAAGGCAUUCAUGGACUCCAUUAUUCAUUUAGAACAAGUUUCAAUGUAUUUGUGAGCUAUUAGUAGUGGUUCUUGUGAUGUGGUAUUUAAGCUCUCUGGAGGAUAGGUAUGUAAAAAGUUGCAUUUAAAAAGACUAUCCAUCUACGACUUCUUUAAAAGAAGCCAUGUUGUUUAACUGUAUUAUAGAGUGUCUAUUGGAGCAUCUUCAGCAUUGUUAAAGAAAUUGUAAUAUGUUUGCUCUUGAAUUUCCAGAAGGUUUAAAAAAUAUGAUUUUUACAGUAUUUUAUAUCAAUGAGACUUCUUUCAAGAACAUUUUUCUCUCCAUAGAUGUUUUAUUCUAGGGUACCUAACGACAAUACACUAAAUCUAGGUUGUAGGUGGCAGGUAAAAAAACGUUCAGGACAUGGAUAAUCAAACUUGUUUAGAGUCAUAAUCAUGUACUGUCACUGGUCCACUACCAAGAAAAGAGGGGAAAAUAGAAUGGAAAAGGUUUAAAUAUAUUUUUUAUAUAAUGGCAAAAUCAAUUUUCAUAUCAAAUAGAUCAAAAUUCUGGCUCACUCACAACUUUUUUUCUUUUUUGCUCUUUACACCAUCUUAUGUACCCUCAAUAUUCUUGACUCAUUACGCCAUUGUGUUCAGAAACAGAUAUUGAGGAGGCAACCUUUUGUCGACAGAAGGUUUUGGGGUAUCACCAAAAUAUUAUCAAACGAAUGCUUUUUAUUUAGGUGUUUCAUGUUUGUAAUCUGAAUAUAACUUUGGGCUGGCCAGAUAAAGUCAUGUUUGUAAUCUGAAUAUAAUUUUGGGCUGGCCAGAUGAAGUCAAUGUGGUGCAAAUUUAAGAAUCUAUCAACAUCUUUGGUAUCAAAUUAUAAUUUUAUGAGCUUCAUUGCAAUCUUAGACAUAGCCAAUCACCUACUGGGAUUUUAGUAGUUUAAAGGUCAAAUCCAACAGGUUGAUUUGAAUAAAUUGAUCAAGAUAAGCAAGCACAAUACUGUAAAAUAUAUGAAAUUUGAAUCAACUCGAGUUAUAUUUACUUUAAAAAAUAUUAUGUGCACAAGGAAAGAGGAUUAUGUCACAUACUCACUAUUUGUGAUUUCUUUAAUACUAAAAUUAUCUGAAACUAAGAACUUAGAUCAAAUUUUCAGAGUAUGCUGGUUUGGUUUUCCUCUAUUUAUUCCAUCAACUUGUUGGGGGUGAACUUAGUCUUUUAAGACUUUUGUAUAACCUUUUGCUUUGCAACUUGUUUUCAUAGAAGUUAAUGAAACUAAUAAAAGUGUUCAUUGUUGACAAGUGAAUAUCCAAUCCAGAAUUCCUUUUAAAAUGUAUAUAGUACUUUUGAGGGUAGUCGAAGAAGUUGGCCAAUUUGAAGAUGUAAUACUGUACUAUUUAGGCAAAUUAUCUUCCAAGUUUUAGAUUAAGAAAUGAGUUCAAAAAUCGAAACUCUAAAUGGAAGUGGAAAAUACUACGACAAAGUAUCUGUUAAACAAACAUACUUUCUUUGCUGCAAGAUUAUCAUCAUUCUCUUUUUUCAAGUUUCAACUAUAUUUAAUUUUCAAUUAUGUUUUUGUGUGUAGAUUUUAUAGUUGUAUCAUUGUACUACAAGUAGCAAGCUGUGACUGAUUUGUGUAUAGUAUGUGGAGUAUUUGUUUUUUUUUGUAAUACCUGUCUGUACUAUGGCUAAGAUGCAAAAUGAUUAAUACUGCCGCUUCUUUUUUUUUUACUUACCUAUAUCCUGAAUCUGCUUUUGAAUGGCAUUUAGAAUAUAUAUCUGAAUAAAUGUAAAUAUUCUUUGAACUUAAA